AUGCCGAAUAUACUGUGCGCAUACUCACAACUUCUCGUGGCAAUUGUGAGAAUAGGAUCGGCGAUGGUUACUCGUCUGGUGGUAAUGACAACCCUCACGCUGGUUGCGGUUAAUCGUGUCGGCACUGAGGCGAGAGCCGGGCCGACAGUGCGGUCGGAUACGGUAUGGUGGUAUUGGGGAGCGCCUAUGGCGGAGAACGAUGUCAACGAUAUACCUAGCAUGCAAGAGCAAAAAGGGGGUUUGUCUCAGCAUCAGAGAUCCUUCUCGCAAAGGCUACGGCAAAUGACACAGACCAUCCCAGGACAUCAACAUGGAUGGAGCUUUGCAAAGCCGGGAGAGGAACCGAACUCUCUGGCAAGAGUAUGCUUCACUCACCUCUCUCACAUUGCAGCAUCCGAGCUCAGUCACUGGAAAGAAGACGCUGCAGAUGUCGCUGCCAGCUGGGAGAUUGUCUGCGAUUGCAACCCUAGCUUCUAUGCGACAAGCUUCAAGCUGGCUUUGGCAGCAUCAACUCGGCAAGUUGCGGGCUCUACUCUACGCUUGCGGCUAAGGGCGCGUGUUCGAGGUCAGAAUUCAACCGCUGGGUCGUGA